AUGUCACUGAAAGAGAGAACUGCAAAACCCAGUCCAGUGCCAACAGAGGAGCUCCGUUACUACUCAUUGCAUGAUCAACGCUCAUCGAUGACAGUGGGUGCCCGUGGCUUGUGGGACCUCCUUUUGUCCUUGCUUAGUGCAGUAGCCCUGCAGAAGCAGAGCUUUACAUGCUUUUAUAACAAUGCUCAGCUGGUGGCCUAGGACAUUGUGUUCUGCUGCUGCCUCCUGUCACACAUGCUGUCCAUCUGCUGUCAUUUGUCCUGUCACUGUGUACAGCCUUGCCUGAACAGCAUCAUGUGGCAGAAUCUGCCUCAGCAGAAGGCACUGAAACUAAGCAAUGACAGCUUUCCUGAAUGCUGCCUCAUCUGUGCAAAAACCUUCCUGCCCAGGUUUGUGUGCAAGAGUUUUGUCAAGAAAGAUUUUGAUUUACUCAGGAGGAGAAAAACUGUUGCUGCCAGCAAAGGUUUCCCCUUGUUUUCCCUUCCCAGAACCUUCCCCUGGUUUGGUUUGACAGCUGUGCCACUGAGAAAGUCUCUCUUUAGCCAGCUGCUAGAAAAAGAGAGCUUGUCUGGUGCCAUCUGAGCUCUACUGUACCAGGCACCCUCUGCAGACUGUCCUAUAGAGCAAUGCGGGGUCGUCAGCACCAAGACAUCUCUAAAUUCAGGUGUAGUGAAGCCUAGUGUGAUACUGGAUGACAAGUCUCCAUUCUCCACAGCUGCUUCCAAUAGUUUCUCAGAAAUUCCAGAGGAAAGUGCUGAGUAUGAUUCUAAAUCUUCAUAAACCAUAAUGAAGCCCGUGAGGAAUGCUUUGUUGAGUUCUCAAGUUCUCAUCCCAGCCCCUUCAUGGGAUUAAGCCAUGCAAGAACCAGCACUGUUGAAUCUCAGAUUCUUUAAAUUAUUCCAGCCAAUAACCCUAUGUACACAUUUUCUUCUACGAGUUUCACUCUCUGCAUUGCUCAGCAAACUUGCUUAUCCCUGGUUGCCUGAGCUUUCCUAUUGUUUGGGUUUUUUUUGUCUGAAUUUGCUUAAUACAUAGUCUUGCCCUAUGAACUGCUUCAGUUUCAUUUGGUUUCUACUGCAGCUUCAAUACAAAACUGAAUUACAAAACCAAAUUACAGUUAUUUUGUAGUGGCUCCAGCUUUGGUUUAACAAACUAAACAGGAUCAGGUCCAGUCUUUUUUUGUUGUAUUUUUUUAUUCCCCAUGGGGGAUCUUGAGAAAGCCAUUGUAUCCUGACAAUAUACUAGUGAUUUAGUCAGGAGUGCUCUUUCUGUUGAGCCAGGCUUUCAUCAACACUUACUUCUACUUCCUUGCUGGUGAUAAUGCAUUCCACCCUCACCACCACAGACUAUAUGAUAUGUCCUUCAAGAAAAAAAAGGAGGUAACUGGAUACUCUGUCCAAAUCCACCUGGGACAAAGCAAUUCUUAUUCCCUAAAUUCUCUAGUUUACUGUUCUUUUAUACUUUCUGCCACCAUCUUUCGUGUUUCAGUACUGUUUACCAUGAUAAAACACUGCCUGCCUAGUUUUGCUUCACAGGAAACAAUUUCUUUGGUGAGGCCAAAGAUUAGUUAUGCAUGUUGCACUUAGACCCCUCGCUUAAUUAUGAUUGCUGACAGCAGCUGUCGCCACACCUGUAUACCUGUUAUUGUAUAUGCAAUUUAUUUUACAUCUGGUAUUAGAGCAAGCCCAGUCUGUAGAUACUGAAGCCUGGGAGAAAUCGAUUCACUUGAGCAUCUGGGAAGUUCUUAAGAAUCACUUGUCCCUAAAAUAUGUCAGUGAUUGUUUUUUGGUCUUUUUUAAUCAACUGUGACACAGAAGUGAAAGACAGACAAUGGUAGAGUCUGAUCUACAACCUCCACUUCACUUAGUUUCUGUAAGCAAAUGAAGAAUUGCAGAAAAGAGACAAUGUGAGAAUGGGUUUGAUGUAAUAAAAUGUCUAAGAAUUGCAGUGGCAGUGCAGUGCACAAUUUUCUAUAAUUGUGAAAACAUGGAAUAGUACAUCCUUGAACUAUCUGCAAGGUAAUAAGGGUACAGUCUGCUGUGGCUGUUGAGCUUGUUAUGAAGGCAAAAGUGCAGCAGCAUGAGUCUCUAAUUCUGUCUCUGCAUGUCCUGUGAUGCAGGGAGAGUAACCAUUCCCACCAUGGUCUGGGAUCCUUGAAGAGAAGGAACAGUAGUAUAGGGCUCCAGUCCUGCUUUUUGGAUAAACUGUGAAAAAGUGAGGGCAUCUGCUUUCUCUCCUGUUGGUGCCUUUCUCUCUAGGAAGAGACCCAUACUGUCUCUGUACGGGAGGGCAAUGGAUCUGCUGAAGAGAGGCUCCUCGAUCCCCAGCAACUCUCGCACGUGUCGUGAAAUUUCCUGAAAUACAAGAUGAAACACCAGAAAUUCUCAUUUCUCAAACCAAAACAACAGGGCAGCAUCUAAAACCAUUCCAUAUCAGAGCAGCAGGAAAAAGUGAUAUUCCAAAUUUUGGUACAGUUUCAUGCUUGAAGUUGCAACAUAAGGGGGAUCUGAAUCCAUAAGCCUCGUGUGACAUGUAAAAGCAGUGCAUAUCGCCUUCUCUCCAGAUUUACUAUCAGUGAUGGCAUUACAUUUGGUCUCCUAAUGGCAUACAUAUAGCUCUGCUUUCAUCCUUACUUCAAGGACAAACAAGUUAUGGGUGAAUGAACUGCAGUCUCUUCUGCUUAAUGCAAAAUCAUCGCUGUUUGUUAAAUUAUAAUGUGAAUGACAAUCUACACAAAGGUGUAAAAAUAAUUAUCAAAAAGUCAUAUUGUUAAUUUAGAAAAUGUAUGGUUGUCUGAGCCAGCUGGAUCUGGAACUGUGAGUGAGCAGAGCCUUACCAUUGUUUUUGAAGUAACUUCUGAGAAUUUAACUAUCUAAUUUGAUUGAAUAUGAAAAUACAAUUUGUAAGGUUUUACUGAUCUCUCAUAGUAUUUGUUCAAAACUUUCCCCCCAACUUUAGCUUGACUCUGAAAAGUAGUACCCUAUUUUUUGUGAUAACAAAAGAACAACAGACUUGUAUCUUGAGUGGUUUUGAUAUUUUAAAUACCAGCACAGUGGGAUUAAAACCAGCAGUAAUGUCACUUGUCCCCACUGCAUAGCUUCCACAUAAUUAGCUGUAAUUCUCUACCAAACUGCCAUUUCCCCUAAACUGAAAGCAGUUUCCGUCUUGCUGAGCUGAUGCUAUCACUCUUAUUUCUAUAGUAACUGUAUCAGCCUUUCAUUUAUAUUUCUUGUUGGGAAAUUGUGGCUUUAACUUUUCAAAACCUGCUCUAGUAGACACUUCCUGAAAGACCCAAAGGACCACAUCCUGCAGAGUUCAGCAUACUUGGAUUCUGUCAUAAUAAAGUUCUUUAAAACACAAAUAACUGCCAGGAUAGGACAUGACCUUUGAGAAUAUCUAAGUUCCACUGAAGUCUCUGAGAUGUUCCCAAUUUACUUGCAAGCUUUGGAAAAUACUACUGAGACAGUCUUACUUCCAAGCUUGCCUGUCUAUCGCUUAUCUAAAGGAAUUUCAGUUCCUACAAGAGGAAGAAUGGCUUACAGUUGGUAUGUCUAACCCACGGCCUCGUAUUUCUCAGCAGUUGAACUAACACCAUACCUAAUCCUUAUAUUCCAGUACUAAGGUGAGGCUUACAAAGCCUAUAAAAUUCUUCCACUUUUGGAAAGUACUAAUGACUGAAGUUUCUAUCUGCUUGUAGAAAAAUAUUUGUGGAGGUUUGCUGUCUGAAAAAUUUAGUGUUAAAUUGAUGCCUUUCUCUAAACAGGCAAAGUCAUGGCACUAAUUAAUGUUUUUGGUAGCUUAAGUUUCAAACAAACAAUUAAGAUUGUGCAACCAGACAGGACUGUGGUGAAAUUGCAUUUUGGUACUGUAGAAUAAAAUAGUGUUAAUACUCUA